AUGACGCUUUUCUUUCAAUUUCUUUUAGCUACCUCUGUCUUUUUAUUGCUUAAGGCAAACGGCGUUGAUUUGGGAUGCAUGAAUCUUUGCAUGAACAAAAUUGGCUGGGGGAACUUUGAUUUGCUGAACUACGGAUGUUUUUGUGGUCCAUUCCGGGGUCAGAUUGGUAUGGAAGCACAAAAUGACUUUGAUGGAUGUUGCAAAGUACACGACGAUUGCUAUAGUCGGGCACAAGCAGGGGACUGUUCAAACGACAAUCUAUACACUACACCAUAUCGCUGGCAAUGUGUUAACAAUAAGCCGUCUUGUGAUCCUGACAACGACAAAUGUAAAAUGGGGUUGUGUAAAUGCGACAAAGGGUUCGUCGAAUGUUUGUCAAAUCAUUUGGAUCAAUUGCACAAAAAUCCCGGAUGCCCUUCACAACGCAAGCUAAAAAGCUUCGAUUUGUGGGAGACUAUUAGCAAAGGUUUGGAAGAAGGAGCGUGUGGCCUAAACCAGUUUAUUGGA